AUGCUAGCCGUUAGUUUACUUUAUAUUCAUUAUGUGUACAAACACACGUAUGGUGGUCCUCCUCAAUCAUUCUUUGAAGAAGAAUAUUUAAAGGAGACGUAUGAAUUGGGAGUAUUGAAAGAUCAUUUUGAUGAACAGCAACAUGCUGAAGGAUAUCGAUUACAUCGCUUUAAUCAGUUUCUAAGUGAUAAACUAAAUCCAAAUAGACCAGUUAAAGAUUUUAGAUGUGAUUUGUGCAAGGCCAUAAAGUAUAACACAAGUUCUUUACCAACUGUUAGUGUUAUUAUUAGUUUUAUAAAUGAGGCGAAUUCCACUUUAAUGAGAACAGUACACUCAGUUAUCAACAGAACUCCUGUAAAUUUAUUAACUGAAAUUAUUCUUAUUGAUGACUUCAGUAAUUCUGAGAAUUUGCAAAAACCGUUAGAAGAAUACGUCGAGAGUCAUUUUAAGAAAGUAAGACUGUUUCGAAAUACUGAAAGAAAAGGUUUGAUUUAUUCACGAAUAAGAGGGUCAAAGGAAGCCACAGGUCAGGUGUUGAUGUUUCUAGAUAGUCAUUGUGAAGUAAAUGUAGGAUGGAUAGAGCCAUUGUUAACCAGAAUAAAGGAGAACAGGCAAACUGUAGUUUCUCCAAUAGUGGACAACAUAGAUUCUGAUACUAUGGUCUAUAAAAACACCGUUCUUCUGAAGGCUGGGUUCAGAUGGAAUCUAUUAUUCAGAUGGGAAGCUUUACCAGAUGGAAUUGAAAAUAACCUAAUAGAAAAGUGUCUUCCCUUAGCAUCGCCUACCAUGGCGGGUGGAUUAUUUGCCAUUGAUAAGGAAUACUUUAGAGAGAUUGGGGAAUACGACCCACAUUUGAAAAUAUGGGGUGGCGAAAAUCUUGAAUUAUCAUUCAAGGUUUGGCAAUGUGGUGGACGUGUUGAGAUUAUACCAUGUUCCAGGGCUGGACAUGUUUUCAGAAAAUCACGACCAAACGCAGGACCUAGUAAUACUUUGCUGAGAAAUACUGCUCGUGUAGCCAGUGUUUGGAUGGAUGAAUACAAGAAAUAUUUUUAUGCUGCCAAUCCCAAAGCUAGAGACGUGGACAUUGGGGAUAUCUCUGUUCAACUCAAACUAAAAGAAAAACUUGGUUGUAGAAGUUUUAAAUGGUAUUUAGAGAAUAUUUAUCCUGAACAAGUAAGUUGGUCACUUGAUUCAAUCUAG